AUGGAGCCCGGAAAACCCAGCCAGGAGCCCCAGGAAGGACGGAACCCAAUGAACCUGGAGGGAGGCUCCUUGCAGCGAUAUGCCCUCCGCCUGUCGGAAGUCGUGAUGCAACAGCACGCCGCAAGAAGAAAGGACUGGGCGGCUUGGCAAGUGAAGGAGGAGGAGCUCUGCGACGAAAUCCGCGAGCUCAGCAGCCAGGUUCAGGCAGAGCAGCAGGAGCGUGAUCAAGCCGUGGGGCGCGAGACGAUCCUGGAGCAGGAGCUUCGUGCUGAGCGGCGUCGCCGCAUCGACCUCGAGGCACAAAUCACGCUGGCAGACACCUGGAAGGCCGAGGCUGCGGCGGCUGACCGCGCUGCGCGCCUUGCAAACUCCAACUCUGCACUCGCCGCCGCCACGGAGAGCGAGGCGGCGCGAGAGUGGAAGCGCCAGGCCGCUGAGUCUCGGCGUGCUGAGGCCAAGGCCAGUGCCGCGCAACACCGGGCAGAGCUGGCGGCGCAGAAUGCGCGUAAGGAGCUGAACCGACACCUGGAGGAGCGGGAGCAACAAUUCCAGCAGCGUGUUCAGCAGGCACGUGCCAGCGAGGCUGAGGUACUUGCUGAAGCCUGGCGGAUGUCUGGGGAGCUGCGGAGCGAAUUGGAUGCCGUCCGCACCUCUGAUCGCUCGGAUCGGCCCAGUGAGGGCAGCAGUGCCAGGCAGGCACUUCAGGACUUACGAGAGCUGCGCCAGCGGUACACCGAUAUGCUGGGGCCCUGA